AAUGUCUAAGUGUGUUCUUUUUAAUAGAAAACAAAAAUAAUUAAAUCUUCAUUUCCAAAAAAAAAAUUAAUUAGGAAGAUUAAUUUAUGAACUUUUAUAUUCACGUCUUCUCGCUUUCUCGGCACAUUUCAUUCUGUGAAAUACAUGAAUAAAGAUUUCUAAAUUCAACCAAAUAUAUCGAAUAAACCUGUUUAAAUUUAAUGAGUUUAAACCUAAAAAAACUUCAGCAUUGUUAAGCUAUUAAACGAUUAACCAUUAAAUUAAAUAUCAUUUGAUUAUAAUGAAAUAAUAAUUGAUAGACACAUCUAAUAAACACUGAAAUGAAUACACUUACAAAGAAUGUUUAUUGCAAGAUACGAAAGGCAUGCCAUCGACUUGCACAUACCGAAACGAAAUUACAAAAACAAACAAAGUGGUUGAAGCCUGCUGGAUAUGAAACGAAUAUUCAGAUUUAUAAUCCUAUAACAAAAUGCAAAGUGCCGUUAAUUUUAAAAAAUAAAGAUGUUUUAACAUGGUACGUUUGCGGUCCUACCGUGUACGACUCGGCACAUAUAGGACACGCAAUAACGUACAUGCAUUCCGAUAUCAUCAGAAGAAUAUUGUCAGACUACUUCAAUAUAAAUGUUGUAAUGGCCAUGUGUAUAACAGAUAUAGAUGAUAAAAUAAUAACACGUUCCAAUAGUUUGAAACAAAACUAUACAGAUCUAACGAGACACUAUGAAAAUGAAUUUAUCGAAGACAUGAAGAUGUUGAAUAUUACAGAGCCUCAUUUGUAUUGCAGGGUUACUAAUUACAUGCCAGAAAUUAUUCAGUUUGUGAAAGGCAUUGUAGACAAAGGCAAUGCUUAUGUUCUAAAAGAUGGGUCUGUUUAUUUUGAUACUUCUAAAUAUGAAGUAUAUGGCAAGCUAUCAACUCCAAUAUCAGAUAGUUCCCAUGCUUACAAAAAAUCUGCAUUAGACUUUUGCUUGUGGAAAGCAGCAAAGAAAAAUGAGCCAUUUUGGGAGUCUCCGUGGUCUCCUGGAAGGCCAGGAUGGCAUAUAGAAUGUAGCACUAUUGCAAGCACAAUUUUUGGAAAUUCUGUGGAUGUACAUAGUGGCGGAAUAGAUCUUAUUUUUCCACAUCAUGAGAAUGAGGAAGCGCAAUCAUGUUGUUAUCAUGAGGUAGAACAGUGGGUCAAUUAUUGGAUACAUUGUGGAUAUUUAUCUUUGCAAGACGUAAAAAUGUCAAAAAGUCUAAAAAAUACAAUCAGUAUAAGAGAAUUUCUUGAAAAAUAUACAGCAAAUCAGUUUAGAACUCUUUGUUUGCUUUCUAAUUACAAAAAUGAACUUAAAUUUUCCAAUGACAUAAUGAACAAUGCAGUAGUUGUAUUACAUAAAAUUGAAAAUUUUAUUAACGACUGUCGUAAUUAUAUUAUUGGAAAUUGGGAUAUUGGUAAAGUAGAUGAAGUUACCUUACUUCGUUGUUUAGAAGAAACGAGGAACAGCAUUAAUAUUGCAUUAGCAAAUGAUUUUAAAACUGCACAAGCCAUGAAAUCACUUAUGAAUCUGAUUGAUGUAGGAAAUAAAAUGUUACAUGAUUCUCAGGAUAGUGGAAAGACUUGCGGUACCUGCAUACCUGCUGUAGCUGCAGUAUUGAAUUAUGUAACAACAAUGCUUUCUAAAUUUGGAAUUUCAAAUCGUAAUAAAUCAAACGAUCAUAAAAUAAACAAUGUCAUUGAAUGUUUGAUGAAAUUUAGACAAACUGUGCGUAAUAAAGCUUUGGAGCAAAAUGUCAAAGAUAAAACUUUACUUACAGCAUGCGACGAAGUCCGAUCGAAACUUACCGCUUGUGGUAUAAUAGUAAAGGAUCACAAAACUGAAACUAUUUGGAGUAUCAAGAAAUAUUAAAUAAUGAUCAAUAAAAACAUUCAUACAGUAAUUUAAUAUUUUUAAU